AUGGACAGAUUUAAUAUUGCGCUUUGCGGCACAUUGUUGCUAUUGCUGCUGCAGUCCACGGCCGCCAGCAAACUCUUUGAGGUCCUGUCGGAGAAGUAUGCCACGGAGAACCUGGUGAUAUCGCCCUUCUCCAUAGGCAGUGCUCUGACACUGGCCUAUAUGGGCUCUGGUGGGCAGACAGCGGAGGAGUUGCGGCUUGCUUUGAACUUCAAAACGUCUGACAAAUUGCGGACGGCAAUGCAGUACGAGAACUUCCUGCGGACUCUUAAGCAACCGGCUGCCAAUGAUGGACCCACAUUGAUGGUGGCCAAUCGUAUUUUCACCAACCACCGCAUUAGCCUGCAGCCGAGCUUCAACCACUUAGUUGGAACCUAUUUUGAUGCUCAGGCACAGCCACUGAAUUUUGGUGAUAAGGUUGCGGCCGCUGAGCAAAUAAAUAAUUGGGUGCGACAGCAAACUGCACAUAAAAUUGAUGAAAUGAUUUCAGCCGAGGAUUUGGAUGAAGAGAACACUAUAGCACUCAUCCUAAAUGCCAUUUACUUCAAGGGCAAGUGGUCGAAAUCAUUUAAGGCCAGCAACACCAUCGCGAAGGACUUCAAAGUGAAUGCCCACGAAACCGCUCCCAUCUCAAUGAUGAAGAAAACGUCCGAGUUUAAAUUUGGAUACUUAAAUGAGUUGGAUGCCACCGCUGUGGAACUUCCAUAUGCAUCGUCCAACAUAAAUAUGCUCGUCAUCCUGCCCAACCAAGUUAAUGGAUUGCGCACCUUGGAGCAGAAACUUGCCUUUGUUGAUUGGAGCACGAUCAGCAGCAACUUACACAGCCAACAGAUUAAAUUGGAGUUGCCCAAAUUUAAGGCAACGUUUUCGACUGAUCUAGCUAAAAUAUUGCAACAGCUUGGCGUGAGGCAUUUAUUCUCUGAUGCUGCCGACUUAGGUGCAAUGUUUUCCUCCAGCCUUGCGGUAAAAGUCGAUAAAGUAACCCACAAGGCGUUCCUGGAAGUUAACGAGGAGGGUGCUGAAGCGACCGCUGCUACCUCUGUGCAUAUGGUGGCUAAGUCGGCAAUGGCGUACACGCACGUCCCAGAAUUGAUCGUAGAUCAUCCCUUUGUGUUCGUGAUACGCGAUGAAAGAACUGUUUUCUUUGUAGGCCACGUUGUAAAGCCCGAAUGAUAUCCAAUAACCAGCGUAUAUGAAUAAAUUUAAUAAACGCAAGCACACUCAUA